AGAGGUCAUACUAGCAUUUAUUUUAAAAACACAGUAUUAUUUCAUGAAAAUCCAGUUAUUAAUAAAGAAGGAAAAAAUCAUAAUAAACCUCUUUCGACUAGAUCCAUCGUAUGGCAGUUUGUCGUCCGCUGUACUCUGAACAGAAUGCAAAUUAAAAUUCUACUUAUUAUUUGAUUUACUUUCCGCUGUUGUUGUUGCAUAGCUGUCAACCCGAAUGGAAGAAAUCUUGUUAAAUUGGGUGAAUAUGUAAAACAAACCCAAGAGAGCCAAUGCGGGCGAAUACAAAAAAUGUAUAAACAUUCUCACAAAAAAAUUAGGCUUGUGAUGAAGUCCAAAAUCUUGUGACACCCGCCUAAUUCGGGUGAGUUGACAGCUAUGAUGUUGCUCCGUUAACCAGGAGGUAAAAUGUUAUUAUCACGCAUUCUUUUUAUCCUACAUAAAAAGUGUCGGUUCUUAUUCGGGUGAGCGUCGGAGUCACAUGAUAGCGAGGCUCGGCGUUCGGUCGCGUUUCAAAUUUGAUUGACUGGUCCUCAACAUGGCUGACUCUGCCCGUAAACUUUUCGUUUUCUCGCUUGUAGACCCGUGAAUUUGCACGCUAACGUGGAUAGGAUUUAUUUGUUUGAUGACUGAUUGUACUGUGAAGGUUUUGGGGACAUUUAGCGCUGUUUAUUGUGGUUGUGCACAUCGCGUGACGUGUUCGAAUCAUCGCGGUGUGUUUAUUCUGUCCCUCGUCUGAUAUGCGAUAUCUCAAGCAAAAUGAAUAGCAAAUCUUCGGGAGACACAGGAAUUAUAGACGUCGGACCAGAGCUUGCUGUUAUUGAACCGAAAGAAGGGGAGUCACCAGAGACUAGGACGGACAGAAUCCGUCGGUUGAAUCGAGAAAGGCAGCGUAGAAGGCGAAUGAAACUGAAAAUGUCACGCCACGACGAUCCAACGAUGGCGCCCGACGCGAGUAACGUUAACAUGAACUUAGACAACCUUGAAGGGUUCGACAACGCGGACCUCGAUCACACCGAUCAGUCAGGGAUAAACGUAAAAAGCGAGCAAGAAUUCGUCGAAGUUCACUUGCAGAAAAGCAGAAACCCUCGGCCAAGAAUUUCUAGAAGAAAACAGCCGUCGAAACAUGUGCCGGCGAGCGGAGAAAACGCUUCGGAAUCUACUAGCGAGUCGGCUAACAACGCCAUUACGGCGGCUUGUCACGGACAGCUCACAACAGGCGCAAGUAACGAACCCUCGCAAGAUACCUCCGAACAAAUCGCUGUUCUCGUAGUCGCAAGCGAAAUAGAAGUAUUCGGAGAAAACCCAAAUGUCUCAAAUGGAGGUGGGCAAGCUAAUGAGAGCUUAGAGGCUGAAGAAAAUGACGAAACAAUGGCUGAUACGAGCAAAGAUGAGAGCGAAGGUAGAAGUCCACGCAGAAAACGCAACAGCACAAACACCUCUGACGACGAGAUGACUGUCACUGUUCGCAGGGAGAAGCAGCGCGAGCUGAAAAGGAAGCAAAAAGAGCGAAUGACUCCUGACCAAGUAGAAGCUUUGAGAGCGAGAUAUCGAGAGUGGAGAAGGCGAAGAAAGGAAGUCAUGACACCCGAGCAACUUGAGAUUAUAAGACGCGGGAACCGUGAGCGCCAGAGAAGAAGGCGUGAACGGCUUGGAGUGAGAAAGCGUUUGGCAUCAAACCAAUUUCGCGGUGCUAGCGAUGCUGUUAUUCAGGGUAUUAAAAACUUGCAAGCUCAAGGAAAUUUGGGAGAGAUGGUUUCUAGCGUCGGCGAGUCACCAAAAGGGAGUGUUUCGGAUUUGAUGAACGCUACAGGUCUAGCUACCAUCGAUGACAAGACCGCAUCAAACACGUCAUUAGCUCCUAGUAUGGGAAUACCUAUUACAUCAGUAGCAAGCGACCUCCCUACUAUGGUGUCUACAAGUCAUCAUGCUUUAAAUGUGGCUCAAAAUACCACUGGAAACGCGCAAGCGAAUUCCCUCCCGGCCAUGACAACCGCCAUUACUAGUCAGCCUAUGACCUCAAGAAUUGUACCAUGUGGUACUAAUUUAGGCAUCCAAGGAAUGCCACCUGGGGCUUUUUUCCCAGGAAUGCCAAUGCCUGGUAUGCAAGGGGCUAUUUUCCCAGGUUUUCAGGUUCCAGUAACAGCUGGACAAGCUGGUGGAAUUACUGUAUCUGGAAAUCCAGGAACAAUGGUCACAACGAUACCUGUAUCUGGUAUGCCUGCCAUGCAAUCACAGAGCUCAUUUUUCACUGGGAUACCUGUCACAAGCACAGCUGCAAAUUCUCUAGGAUUCCAGCCAGGAAGCACACAGAAUAGUGUUCAUAUUGCUAAAGAAGGCCAAGUUCUGCAUAAUUUUCAAACUCUCUUGCCAAUCACACCACUCCAAGGAAUGCAAGGUGGCCAAGGGAUGACAUUUUUUACUCAACUACCAUUAACAGGGGCAGGCCAGUUGCAAGCAUUUCCAGAUCCAAAGUAUACAACUGCAAAUCAAGGAAAUUCUGGUCUCUUCCCCCAAGGAGUACAAAUUGUACAAGUUCCAAUGCAAACUGAAGUCCAAGCUGAAACACAAAAAGCAGUUGCUCAACCACAGGAAGCAGAGUCUUUAAAACCUAGAUCAAGGGGUAGGGCUAGAAAGCGCAACACAUCUGCAGCAGAAAUGCUAGCUAGUUUAAGCAACUAUGCCCCUCCUACCAGUACCCCUAUGGCUUCCAUGUUAUCAGCUCUAGCAUCAUCUGCAAGGGAUAGACUUUGCUUAGGAAACCAGGUGGCAGAUGAUGCAAAUACAAGUGGUGAAAAAAGCCUGACUGUGGUACAAUCUGAGGGGAAUGCUCCUGUCCUUAUUCAGGUCCCACAUAACCAGCCACAGAGUUACCCUGUUUAUAUGGGUCAGCAAGGAGACCCCUUUCCAGGUAGAACUAUGGCAUCUACCAUUGCUGGAACCCUCACUGUAAGUGCCAGUAGCGGCUCUUUGGCUGGAGGAGAGAGCCCAUCCAGUAUCCCCCAUAUGAAUACAUUUCUGACAACAAUGGGAGCGGAAAAUCAGUCUGCUCCAGAUGGGAACACAACAGAGAAAACCCCUGGUGAAGAGAUGCUGAAAGCUGAAAACCUGGACUCUGAUAAAAUCUCUGUUGCAGUUGCAACCGAUAAUAUUCAAAAAGAAACUAAAGGUACCAACACUGGGGGGACAUCUGAUGAGGCAAUGUCGAUAGGCACAAUGACAGACUCCUUGUUACGGUCUUCAGUGGCUACAAACACAGACAAACACAAUGCAGCUAGCAGUGAAGAUGUUCCUAAGGCGAUAGCAGCAGAGGAAGAGGAAAAGAGUUCUGCAGCAGCAGUCAUUGAAGGAACUGAUUAGACUUUGACAUUUAGCUUGAUUUGCCUGAGGUGUUGAACCAACAAAAGACUAAGGGAGCUAGUUGUUACUCCAUCAACCUCCUGCUGCUCGUGUAAAAAAGGUUCAUGAACCGUAGAUUGUAGUGUAGACCUUAAGAUAUGCAGAUGUGAUCUGCAGUUUGUAAAUACAUCAUGGCUUCGAAAAGCCAUGUGUAGAUUAUUUUUAACAUUGAUUUUCAUAGAUGAUUAGAUGUUUUCAUAAAGGUAUUGUAACAGGUUGUUCAACAUUAAGGUUUUAGGAUGUGAACAGUAAAAUGUUGUUUCAAAUCUGAA